AUGACGGACUCACCUGCGCCGCGCAUUCCGUUGGACCCGAAAGAACAGCCCAUCCUAGACAAGUUGCUCGCCGUGCGGACAAACCUGGAAUUGUUGAAACAGGACCGCUCAACCUAUGUAAAGAGCCAGGAUGUCAUCGGCCUCUACGACCAAGUCAUCGAGCAGGUAGAAAUUUUGAAUCAGAUCCGAACAACGAAGCGGCUCGAGCAGAACAGAGUCGACACCGUCCUCGACGACUGCUUCCAACUCGUUUCGCUGGCCUAUAUGACGAUAGGGAAGAAUCAUGAAGCUCCCGCAGUGUAUUCAGUCAUCUCAACAGUCAAACGUUUACUGGACCACCUUGAGGAAGCCCACUUCUACUCCGCAAAAGAUCUUGGAGCUAUCGGUCAGAUGCUGCAGAAUGCGCGGCGCUACAUGGACCGGGGCAAGGACACAUAUACUCCUUCGCUGUUGACAUUGCUCGAGGCACGAAUCCAAGUCUGCGAAGAAACGAUAGCUAGGCUGGAACUGGCGCAUUCCCACCUUACGCCAGACUUGAGCCCGAAGUAUGAGAAGCUUGUUUCCAUUCUCAGGUCAUUGUGUGCAUGUAAUACUAGAUCAAAGUUUCCCGAAUCCGAGGUCGACGAAUUCUUAGUACAACUCAAAGAACUUCAGACAGAGCUUCGACCAUAUGGAAUUCACGCCUUCUCUGAGGAACGCGAAACGAAGGAGGAGAAGCUUACGGAAAUGAUCGAAAAGCUCACCUUCACCCAAGAACACCCAGAACCUGCUCCAGCAGCAAAGGAUCUCAUCGAAACACUUCUGCGACGGAACUUUUUAUGGACCAAUCUAAUGAAAGAGAGGAAAGGCCGAAUCGCACCAGCCUUCCAGGAGAUAUACGACAAGCUUUUGGGCAUCCGUAACAAGUUGGAGAAACUCUCUCUAACUCAGGCGUGGUCCCUCCGUGAGACGGAUCUAUGGAAUUUCCAACGGCAGCUGGACAGAAUUGAUGAGGCACGAAUCGAUGGCAACUUCAUCGACGCGCUCGGCCGUCCAUCGGAGCUGUACGAACAAAGGACCUUACUCUAUCUAUUGCGCAAGAGCUAUGCCAUGAUCUUUCAGUUGAUCGCCUCCUCAGAGCCCGUUUCGGAAGCGCUUUUGCCCAUCUACAACCAACUCACAACGCUCCGGAAGUGUCUUUUGGAGGUGAAGAAACUCGGAGGUGUCUCUUCCCCACGGGAGCUGUAUCCUUAUAGCAUGAAGUUAAACUCCAUCGAUAACAUGCGCGUGGACGGGAAAUUCGUGGUUGGUGAUGACAUUCCAGACGGACAAGGAAGCGUAACGCAGCUCCUUGAAGAAUGCUUUGAACUAGCGUACGAGCUCCGCAACGAUGCAGAGGACAGCAGCUCGGCUGGAGAACAGACCCCAGCGAGUGAAAGUGGUCCCGAAGGUGUGACUGCGGCAUGA